UUAGAGAAGACGACUGAUAAAUUUUAUUAGCCAUGGAUUUCUUUCUAAUUGCUGUUACAUUAGCUAGCUCCUUUAUUGUACUUUUCUUUCUUCACAAACAAUUUUACUCAGCUAAAAAGCAGAGUAGUAGUAGUAGAAAGGUACCUGAAGCUGCCGGAGCAUGGCCUAUUAUCGGCCAUCUCCACCUUCUCGGUGGAUCUGAAUCUGAUCAGUUGCCUCACAAAGUGUUGGGCCGCUUGGCAGAUAAGUACGGGUCUAUUUUCGGAAUGAAGCUUGGAGUUCAUCAGGUUGUAGUUGUGAGUGAUCACAAAUUAGCCAAAGAGUGCUUCACAACAAACGAUUUAGCCCUAGCGAACCGGCCUAAAUCCAUGGCUUCAGAGAUUAUAGGCUACAAACACGCUAUGUUUGGACUUUGUUCUUACGGUCCUUACUGGAGAGAAACAAGGAAAAUUGCCACAAUUGAACUUUUCUCCGCUCGGCGAAUCGAGAUGCUCAAACACAUCAGACAAUUUGAGGUAAAAUCAUCUGUUAAAGAGAUUUAUAAUAAUUGGGCGAAGAAUAAUUUAAAUGGUGUUGUGAAGAUGGAGAUGAAGGAAUGGAUUGGGGAUUUAGUUAUGAAUACUAUGGGGAAAAUGUUAUUCGGAAAAGGGCGAAGGAGUAAUGAGGACGAAGGAAUAAAUAAGGCUCACAAAGCAAUUCGAAGAUUUUUCGAAUUGUUAGGAGCUUUUGUUGUGGCUGAUUUUUUACCUUAUUUAAGAUGGCUGGAUAUUGGAGGCUAUGAGAAAGCAAUGAAGGAGGUUUCUAAAGAAAUGGACUCUGUUGUUGAAGAAUGGUUAACAGAGCACAAAACGAAGAAAGAAAUUAUUAAAUCUGGUGAAGAAGAAGAUUUCAUGGAUGUCAUGCUUUCCAUUUGUGAAGAUAGAGAUCUGCCUGGAUUUGAUGCCGAUACCGCUAUCAAAGCUACAUGUAUGGCUUUGCUGUCGGCAGGUACAGACACCACGAUCGUAACUCUAACGUGGACUUUAUCUCUACUACUCAACAACUAUCAAGCACUUCACAAGGCUCAAGAUGAGCUAGACGCUCAUGUUGGCAAGAACAGAUGGGUCCAAGAAUCGGAUAUAAAAAACUUAGUUUACCUUCAAGCUAUUGUUAAAGAAGGAUUACGUUUAUAUCCGGCUGCACCACUCUCAGUACCACACGAGUCGAUGGAGGAUUGUACUAUCAGUGGCUAUGAUAUACCAAAAGGCACUCGCUUAUUAGUGAACUUAUGGAAGAUUCAUCACGAUCCUAAUAUAUGGCCAAAUCCUCACGAGUUUAAGCCAGAGAGGUUCUUGUCGACCCACAAGGAUGUCGAUGUAAAGGGCAAUCACUUUGAGUUAAUGCCAUUUGGUAGUGGAAGAAGAAUGUGCCCUGGAAUUUCGUUAGCCCUUCAAGUUUUGCCCUUUGUAAUAGCAAUGUUGCUGCAGGGGUUUGACAUAAAGAGGCUUUCGGAUGAACCAAUUGAUAUGAGUGAGAGCUUUGGAUUGACAGUGCUCAAAGCUUCUCCACUCGAAGUUCUCCUUGCUCCGCGCUUGGCUCCCGAUCUUUAUGAAUGAAAUGAUAAACAAAAUUUGUGCAUCAUGCCACUGUUGUUUACUACUAGUUUGUAAUAUUGUAAUGCAAAUAAUAACAAAACUUCAAAAUUCCUACAUUUGAAAUGUGAUUGUAAAAGUAUUUUAGGAGUCC